AUGAAGAACGUCAAGGUGGCAGAAGCGUUGGGGGCACUGGCCUCGCGCAAGCUCAUCUCAGUCGAGACCAAGACGCCGCUCAAGGACGUCCUACGCACGCUCCACACCAACCGCAUCCUCUCCGUGCCCGUCAUGGAGAACGACAAAGGCUGUGUGGGCUUGGUGGACGUGCUGGACCUGGUCAAGUUCACGGCUCUCCAGUUCUUCACCAGCCAGGAGACGAGCGUGAUGGACGACAACCUGCAGGUGGCCCCCGAGCUCUUCCGCCAAUUCGAAUUCGAAGACCGUACGGCCGGCGACCUCCUCAAGCAAUCGCCGAGGAGCCGUAACUUUCAAGUGUUGGACAAGGAGGCGACGCUGGGCGACGUGGCCAAGGUGCUCAGCCACGACACGCACCGCGUGCUGAUCGGGCAGGGCCGGGACGCCAAGCUGGUCUCGCAGUCGGACAUCGUGCGCUACCUGAGCGAGCGCAAGGACCAGCUCGACCGCCAGGUCAAGGGCGUCAACACGUGGUUCGAUGGGCGGAGCUACGACGGCGAGUACCACGCCGGUGAGAAGCGCGGCCAGGGCACGUACACGUGGGCCGAUGGGAGUGUAUACAAAGGCGGGUGGGAUCAUGGCCUGCGACAGGGCGAGGGCCGAAUGGAUUGGCCCGACGGCACCUGGUUCUUGGGCGUGUGGGACAGGGACGACCGGGUGGAGGUGCGGGAGUCGAAUGUGCGGGACUGGAACAAGAGGGACAAGCCCUACGAUCUGUACUUCCUGGAGGACGGCGACGUGUGGAACCGGAAGUACAUGCACGACAUCAAGGAGCGCAGGCGGCAGAAGAAGCUGGCCAUCGAGGAGGAGCGGCUCAAGCAGAAGCUGCUCGACAAGAAGACAUCGACUUCAUCGCCGUCAUCGCCGUCGGUUGGCGCCGAGCUCCAAGAUUUUUUUGAUUUUGAUUUUUGA